AUGCGGAGACCCAGUGAGAUCAACUGCACAGGGCUUCCGAUCUCCGGGGCAAUCAGCGCACCAUGGCCACAAGUUUGCACAUGCAAUGCUCCAAUCCAGCUGCCUAUUGCAUACAUCUCAAAAUGCAAGAUAAACCAUUCAUUCCUCCACUAUUUAGUCUUCGCCCCUCACUUGCAUGCGGAAGUUGUCCAUCUCCUUCUCCAGAUCCAGAGUGCUCUACCGGUAGACCAACUUGUAUUUUCCCCCUCCCAAUCGAAAAUGGCUUUCGUUCCGACUACUUCUUUCACCGGACUCCGCGUCAGGGCUGCCGCUCCCCGCGUCUGCCAUGCUCCUGUCCGUGUUGCCAAGUGGAGAAUGAGCGAAGAGGGCAAAGGCUUCGGCGGUGGAGAAGCUACCCGUGAUCCUACCCCAACUGAGAUUGACCCCAAUGACCCCAAGGGCAAGCAGAAAGCUAUCCAUCACGCCGAGACCUUCGCCGAUUAUCAAGCUCGCGUCGCCCGUGAGAAGGCCGAAAAGGAAGCCAAGUGAUGUGUUUUGCGCAUUUCAGUAUGUCCUGUGGUCGUGUCUCGUGAUGGUGGUUGCCAUAGUCGCUUCUUAGCGACUUUGAUUUCUACAUGCUUUGUCCUUCCACUCUGAGCCUUGCGCUCUUCGAUUCUUAAACACUUAGAACAACGACAUAAACAGUGUUCACAUG